CAGACUUCCUCCCCGAGCCUCCGUACUGGUUCAACCAGCCGACGCCACAGGACGGUUUUCCCCCGACCCAGCAUGCUGUCCCCUCGUCGUCCUGUCGCUUUAAGGAUCAGGACUCCAUCCUGGCCCAACACGAGCAGCUGACCCACAAUCACCUCCGCCGUUUGGGCCUCACAAACACUUACAUCAAGUCUGGGACCUCACCUGGUCCGGUCCACAGACCUGCACACCACUCACCAGAACACACACAUUACCCCAGCCCCGACAGCUGCUCGCAUGUUUACACGCCGCCCACGCCCCCGUCCCCUCCAGAGCCCCACAUGAACACUCAUCCCACACCCUGUGCUGGUCCGGGUCAAGUCCCAAAUAUAGCCACGCCCCAUUCAGCCUGCUCAGCACGGCUUGGCUACGCCUCUACAGAACAUACCUGCCCCCCGGACUCAAAGAAACGGAGGAGGUCUGAGUCUGAUGAACCCUCGGCUGGGAUCGAGGCGUCCUACAGUGAAGGUGACGGGACUCUUGGGGGCGCUGUUGGGAAUGGUUCAGGUGGUGGACUGGGUUUGGGGCUGAACCAGCUGCUGACCUGGGAUCAGUACAACCCGGAACAAUGGAGCACCUUAUACAACGGCAGCUACCAGACAGUGUCUCCCCCUGCGUACCACGUGGACACAGAUAAAGGAUUCAUCUACUCCGGGGCAGACGAGGCCUUCGUCUGCCAGAAGAAGAACCACUUCCAGGUCACUGUUCACAUCGGGGUCGCUGCAGAACCUCAGCAUGUCAGAACGCCAAGUGGACCUCAGCGAGUAGACCACUUCCUGAUAAAGGUGUUUGGGAUCAAGCUGGAGUCUCCGAGCCACCAGGUGACCAUCGAGCAGUCGCAGCCCGACCGCAGCAAGAAGCCCUUCCACCCAGUCCGGGUCAGCCUGCCUGGAGGCAAAAUCACCAAAGUAACACUCGGCCGCCUGCACUUCAACGAGACCACGUCCAACAACAUGAGGAAGAAAGGAAAACCGAACCCUGACCAGAGAUAUUUCCAGAUGGUGGUCGGUCUUUACGCCUCGGUCGGCGGCGAAGAGGCGUUCCUCCUGACGGCUCUUGUGUCGGAGAGAAUCAUCGUCAGGGCGUCUAACCCGGGUCAGUUUGAGACGGAAGGGGACUCCUUGUGGCAGCGAGGGACGGUGCAGGACGCCAUAGUUUGUCAAGGUCGAGUUGGGAUUAACACCGACUCCCCCGAUGAGGCGUUAGUCGUCUGCGGAAACGCCAAGGUGAUGGGCGCCAUCAUCCAGCCGUCUGACCGGCGUGCAAAACAAAACAUACAAGAGGUCGACUCCGAGCAGCAGCUCAAGAGAAUCACGCAGAUGAGGAUCGUCGAGUUCGACUACAAACCAGAGUUCGCGUCUACCAUGGGGAUAGACCACGCCCACCACACAGGUAUCAUCGCUCAGGAGGUGAAGGAGUUGCUGCCGUCAGCUGUGAAGGAGGUCGGAGACGUCAGCUGUUCAGACGGAGAGAAGAUUCAGAACUUCCUGAUGGUGGAUAAGGAGCAAAUCUUCAUGGAGAACGUUGGGGCGGUGCAGCAGCUGUCCAAGCUCACAGACAACCUGGAGACUCGGAUCAAUGAGCUGGAGGGCUGGAACCGCAGACUGGCCAAGCUGAAGAGCCUGACGGGCAGCCUGCGCUCCACCGGGAAGCCGGGGAAGCACAGCAGUGUGCCGACGGCUCCGAGUCCUGAAUCAUGUAAGAGCGGGUCAAAGGUCAAAGGUCAAACAGGCUGGCGUCGCAGGUACAGCCACUGUCUGCAGCACAGGUUCUUCCAGGCCAGCGUCUUCGCCCUCCUGACCACCAUGGCGUUCUGCGUCAUCUCCAUCACCGCUCUGUAUCUAGUGAAUAUUAAGGAGGACUCUGACGCGUACCCCGGCCUCAGUAACGGCAGCGUGGUUCCACCAUCGGCCACCGCCUGGAGCAGCACAGAACCCCCGACCACGCCGCCCGGGCCCUGGCCCCCUCACGUGGACUUCUGUGACCUGCUGUACUGUGAUCAGGUGUACUGCUGCCCUCCACCAGCAGGGAGCAGCACUGAGUCCAACACAACCUCCACUGAAUCAGCUUUAGAAGAGAACUCUAAUAUAACCGAAAAAAGAAGAGAAAGACUUUAUCAGAUGCUGAAAAGUGCCAGAGACUGGACAAACACCACCAUCCAGACCUUCAUGAUCAAAGAGAGCGAGCAGCUGAUCGACAGUAAAUACUGUCUGAGGGAUGAAUGUGGGCCGGGUCGAUACGUCUUCAGAGUUCCCAUCAGCCAGUUUGUUCCCGUCAACAUGAGAGUCACGCUCAUCAUGAAUUCUACGGAGCUGCUGGUGGUUCAUCUCUGCAGCUUCGAUGAGUCCGCGUCCUGCUCUGCUGUCAUGGAGGUCACCUCAGUCUCAGGGAGCAGAUACUCGACCGACACACAGGGAGAACACGAGUGGCCUCUUCACGUGGCUCGACUUCACCGAAGCUCCUAUCACUUUCGCUCCGCCGUCGCUGGUCAGGCAGACUGCAGUACUGACCAUCACUACGCGGGGGCGCUCUUCACUGAUUACUUCUUCCACUUCUACAGACACUGCACAGAGCUGUAGACUGUUAAAUUAUUUCACCAUCGAUCACUUCUUCUUCUUCUUCUUCUCACUAACAUGUUUUUAUUUUGAUGUUUGUCACUUUUGUUUUUGGGUCUCAGCAGAAGAAGAUUCAGAGAUCAGAUUUCUUAUUUUAACUCUUUCAGUCUCAUGAUUUAACGUUUGUAACGAGACAAACUAAUGAAGACCUUAAGAAAGAGGAACACGCUUCAGCUCCAAUCAUUCACCAGUUCAUCACUCCUCAGAGAUUCAGCUCCAAUCAUUCACCAGUUCAUCACUCCUCAGAGAUUCAGCUCCAAUCAUUCACCAGUUCAUCACUCCUCAGAGAUUCAGCUCCAAUCAUUCACCAGUUCAUCACUCCUCAGAGAUUCAGCUCCAAUCAUUCACCAGUUCAUCACUCCUCAGAGAUUCAGUUCCUCCAAUCAUUCACCAGUUCAUCACUCCUCAGAGAUUCAGUUCCACAAAUUCAGCUUACAGUCAAACGCCACCGUCCAAACGGGACAAGACCUUCAUGAUCCAGAUCCAGUUCAUGAGUUUGGACAGUCUGAGUUUAUAAAGAGUUCUCUUCAGUUAUUGAGUUUCCACAGUGUUGGUUAUGAUCUCAGUCUGACACAGAGUGUGAGGGGUUAAAUGAGAGUCUGUGUUUAUGUCAAUCUGAACGUUUGAUUCAUCAGGAGAGUUUGAAGGUGUCUCUGUUUUAAAUGAAAGACGUGUGACUCUGUUAAAAGAGAAAUGAUCUGACACCGUGAGACGAAUAAGAGAUGGAAGAAGAGGAGG